GGAGGCGGUCUGGGCCGGCCUGUGCGGCUACAACGGAGCCCUGGUUGGGAUGCUCAUGGCUGUUUUCUCCACUAAAGGAGACUGGUUUUGGUGGCUCCUGGUGCCUAAUGUCUUCAUGUCUAUGAUGUGCCCGGUGGUGUCCAGCGCUCUGUCCUCGGUGGCCAGUAAAUGGGAACUCCCGGUCUUCACGCUUCCCUUCAACAUCCUGAUAUGUCUGCAUGUGGCCGCCACAGGCGCCGGUCACCCGUAUUUCCCACAGGUGGACAUCCGGCCCAAAGUCCACCUGAAUGACUCCGAGGGAGCGUUUGACGUCCUUCAGCUCUUCCUGUCGGUGCCGGUGGGCGUGGGCCAGGUGUUCGGGUGCGACUCCCCCUGGACGGCGGGCCUCGUCCUCCUCGCCCUGCUGCUCUGCUCGCCGGCCAUCUUUUUCCACGCCGUUCUGGGCUCCGCCGCCGGCGUGUGUGUCGGCCUGGCCCUGGCGGCCCCCCAGAGGGAGCUCUACUCCGGGCUGUGGGGGUUCAACAGCGCCCUGUCCUGCAUCGCCAUCGGAGGGGUGUUCUACGGCCUGACCUGGCAGGCCCACGGGCUCGCUCUGUUCUGUGCCCUUUUCUGCGCGUACCUGACCUCAGCAACAACUAAACUGAUGUCUGUGAACCCCGCCCUCCUCAGGGUUCCCCUGGGCGCCGUUUCUAACCCGGAGGAGAACCGUCGCUACCUGAAACGGGCCUCAGCCUCCGGAAAAGUUCCACCGGGGGCCGAGGGGCCAAACGUCCGGCAGGAGGAGGGGAACCAGGAACCCGUCUGA